AUGGAUCUCAUUUCAAUUGUUCCGGCGCCAGAUCCAUCACUAUGCGAUAACAUGUCAAAAUCCGCGGCUGUGAAGGUCGCGAUUCUUGCGGCGAAAGAUUCCUCUUACUCAUGCGGCCCUGAUCGUCCAAAUUCAAACUUGCAACGACCAUUACUGACGAAAGAGGUCAGAACAGUCCACAUAGCACCAUCGUCUCUCCGAAAUCCUCUUCAGCCCCGAGAUCAAAAUGUGGCUAUGAGGGUGCAGUCUAAAGUCCCUGCCGCAACUAGAGGUGCUAGCGGGAGAAUGGAUCACUACGACAAACAAUCCAAGAAUUCGAGGCCGCUCGCUCCAUCAGCUCUUUCCGCCCCCGAGCGAUCUUCUAAUCGUGCACCCUUAACUCCACGGAUAGCCGGUUCCAAUAAGCCAUCUGGCUUAGGUCUACGCCUACAGCGAGGAGCUCCACAACCAUGUGUGAAAGCAAAUGCCAACGAGAAUACAGCGUUUACACCCACUUCUAGGAGCUUAAACAAUGUCACACCGAGAUCAGGCUCUCGGAGGCUCAGAGUUGAUAGCGCUAGUACAACUCCUGGAUCUCUCUCUGGAGAAGCUACAGAGACACCUCGCUCUAAUGAUUACGUGCUACCUACGGAAGACACUUUUAGCUCAUUCUCAGCAAGCCUGGUAAGCGACAAGCAAAUACCAAAUAAGCAGACAAUAUCUCCCAGUUCUUUUUUAAGAAUAGGCGAUAUAGACUCGAAUUUAGCCAAGGAGAAAGAAGCAAGGCUGUCUGCCGACAGGGUGAAAAUAGUCGCCACCCCUGAAUCGAGAUCUCAAGUUCAAUCAAAGAGCGCUAUAUCAUCUUUCUGCUAUGCUAAUGGAGAUUAUAUACCAUUUAUACAGCCACCACUGGCUGCUUCUGCUCUUGGGAAUCUAGAAGAGCGUAGUGUACCCAAGUUUUUCCAUGCAAAUGGCGUUCCAGACCUCUCAGCAUCGCCAGCUCCCUAUCUUCCACCCCCAAGGUCCAGCUCAGCUCAUUCUGUGUCUUCUCUAAUGAGUGCAGUAAAGUUUAGCUCUCUAUCAAAUAAUAAUUACAAUCCUACUUUUUCGAGACCAGCAUCACCCUCUAAGUUGAACCAGUCCUCUCCUGUGUCACAAUUAGGCUCACCACUGGUAUCAUCAGACUUUAAUUCCCGUCUUCAGUCAAAUAACGGCAUACCUCUAACAGUAACCCCUAUUAAUGAGGCAUUGAGACCUCCCACCCAAACAGACUUGAAACUAAGUCGUCACGAGAGAUCAUUAAGCUGCGAGACUGCGGGAACGCAAUUAAGAUUUAAUAGGAGAGUUCACAUAGAAAACAACAUUGAUGUAUCGCUCAGCAAUUCUGGACCUUCGAUUAAUGCGUUUCCAAGAUCUGAUAAUAUUUGUGAAUUUCAAAGUCCGUUAGAGCAGCACAAUUUAUCGAAGUCUGGCAAUAUACUAGAACAACAAAGUGAACUUGCAGCCAACGCAAGAAGGGAGAGGAAAGUGCUGGAUCUAGAAAUAACGAACUCAUCCUUGGCAGCGAUUAACCGGACAUUAGAACGUGAAAUGCGAAAACAAACUGCUGAGCUAAGACGAUACCGAAGGCUAAGUAGAUCAGGCCGGCUUAACAUCUCAAGAUCUACUUCCUUAUGCACCAGCUCAGCUCUAGGUGAUAUUGAAAUUUCAGCCUCUGAUUUAAGUGAUGAUAAUGAGGAAAGUGAAGAAGAUACUAGUGAUUCACAUUAUGACUAUUCAGAAGAAGAGACUAACGACACAUGUUCCCUUUCUCCCAGUGCAAUAGCCGAAAGUGAUCUACGGCACCGGAAAAAGGAUGAGAAAAGGCUUCAACACGAUCUAGUCAAACAUCAACGACUUCUCUUUGAUAGCCGAAAAUUGAACCAGACACUUAAGAGAUGUCUAGGGCUUACGGAGGAUCUAAUAGGGAAAGGGAAAAAAGCUCUUGAACAUAAAGUGACACUAUGCGAUGACGAACUUGGCGGAAGAGUACUGACGGGAGAAGAGGUUGAGGAAUUCGAAAACGAAGAAUUGAGUGAACUCGGCCUGCAGAUGUUGAGAGAUGUUAGACAAGCGGCCCUUGGAUAG